GGCAAGAGGGGUGGGGUCACAAAAUAUGCAAGCUAUGGGAAACAUUAAAGCGAUUCUCAGCAAUGAUACAGUGCAUGAUGCCUUUAUGCCAAGUGUGAUGAAUACUGCACUUGGGAAUGAGCUGAAGAGAGAGCGGAUGGAGCCCAAAAACUUUCUUCAUGAACAUCCACUGCAUUUCUUUGAAGAGUGGAGCAAUGUCCACAGUGAGACUAGUAGUGUUAAUUGCUCAUCAGGAUGUGGGCAGCCAAUCUCAACUCAGUUCUAUGCAUGCAUCGACUGGACGUUGAUGGAUUUGUUUACCACUGUUCUUCUUGUCAAUUUGACCUUGACAUCAAAUGUGCCUUGCUCCCAGAAUUCCUCAAUGGAGAGUUUCCAAAAGUUGAUCAUCACUUUCAUGUUGAACACCCAUUCUUCUUCAUCGAAAAUCUUAGCCAUGAAGUUGAACUAGAUUCUUCCCGCCAUUGCAGCGUUUGCUUCGAACAGUUAUCAUCUGAUUCUUCCUUUUACACUUGUCUUGCUUGUGAGCUUUUCCUUCAUAAAUCAUGUUCUGAGACUGAGCUACCAUUGAACAUCAAUCACCCUUUCCAUGAGAAGCACACUCUUACUCUUACUCUUCUUAAAUGGGAUAGAGCAAUACUUUGUCAAUUUUGUCGUAAGAAUCGUUAUCCUGGAGGAUUGUUUUACCAUUGUUCUUCUGGUCAUUUCAACCUUGAUAUAAAAUGUGCCUUUCUCC